AUGGCUACUUCAUCAUCCUCACGAACAAGCAACGCAUGUUGUUCAUGUGAAGUUGAACUAAAAAAGAAUGCGCCAUAUAUAUUAGCUGGUCUUGGUGUUAGUGGUGGCCUACUUUUAUUGGCUAAUCGAAAUAUUCCAGCAAUGAGCGUUCCUGUUCUAUCAUCGGCUGCUGAUCGUGUAGCUUAUGCCCUCCGAUGGAGUGGUCUUGAGGGAAUUUCAAUGGUUACAGCCGUUUGGUGUGCUAUUGGUGUACGUGCUAAAUAUGGUACUGAAUCAACAGAAACAGAUAGUAAUCAACAUUUAAAAACUACUCAAAGAAUGUUAACAAAUGCAACUGAAUCAUUUCUUACAUUUACUGCUGCUAAAUUGGCUUUAGCUACCGUACUCGAGCCAAAUAAUCUUCGUCUCAUCCCUGCUCUAUCAGGUCUUUUCAUUAUUGGACGCUACUCAUUUGAUGCAGCUAUCAAUCAUCCAUCACGUACAUUUGGUUAUACCAUCAAUGCCGUUGCUACGUUCGCAGCUUAUGGCCUCUUUUUGUGGAAACUACUUAAAGGUGGUCUUCACUCAAAUAUUCUUCCAUUUUCACUUCGCUAA